GCCUGGGGGAGAGCGAAUGACCACGGCAUGUCAGAUGUUUAUACACUCUCAGAGAAGCAGAGAAGCAGAAGUACUUCGUAGUGAAGUCGUGAUUCCCUGCUCGGAAUUCCAACGACGUCAUCGUGGUUGGUCUUGGCGGUCUUCACGAUGCUCACCUCCUCUCUACUUUACACCACCACCACCACCACCACUACUACUACUACUACUACUACUACUACUACUACUACUACUACUACUACUACUACUACUACUACUACUACUACUACUACUACUACUACUACUACUCCUCCUCACUGCAUGCUACUCUCUUCUCUACGCUCUCCGCUGUUUUUCAUCUAUCAAACACAAUGCAGUUGCUCCAUCCUGGACACUCACGGUGGUUUUCCCUUCACCACACGUCCCACAACCUCUAAAACACGCCGACAGGCAAUCGCCAUGAAGUCGACCUUCGUCCAUGGCCUGCUCGAACGUGGCAGGUAUAAAGAUAGUGAUGGCAAUCUCACCAUCAAUCUCGCCAUCCGGUGAUUUCCUCACAGCCUCCCUAUCCAAAAUGCCCCUACGGUUGCUCUGUCUUCAUGGCUGGGGAACCAGCAUCAAGAUCCUCCAGUCCCAAUUGGGUACGUCACACAGAAUCUUCUGGUAUAGUCUAUUCCAUGCUUAUCGUUCGACCCUGUAUCAGGACCCCUAAUGUCCGACCUCCGGCGAGACAAUACUGCCACUUUCCACUUCCUGGAAGGUGAAUGCGACUCUGAU